UAAUUUCUCUCACCGGCCAUUUUCUGUUUUCAUUCCGCCUAGUCCUAGUCUUGGAAGAGAUAAACAAAAGCCUAACAGAAAAGCUUAUUCUUUUGUACCCUUUUACCUCUUGUUUUGUGUUUUUAUUUUGGGUUUGUUUUGUGUUUCUGUUGCAAGAAAAAGGAGGAGAGAGGCAGUGAGGAGCUUAGUUUAACUGGAGUUUAAGCCUAGGUUUAAUGGGUUCAAGGAAAUGAGUUUUGGAUCGUGAAGUCAUCAAGUUUAGUCUUUUUUGUUCUUUCUGAAAAUGGGUUCAGCGUUAAAGCAAACACUAAAGAAUCUUUGUUGCAGUAAUGGGUGGUCUUAUGGUGUUUUUUGGCGCUUCGAUCACAGAAAUUCCAGGUUGUUAACAAUGGAAGAUGCCUACUAUGAACAACAAAUGACUCCAUUAAUUGACGAUAUGGUUCUAAAAUUCCACAUCCUUGGUGAAGGAAUAAUUGGCCAAGCUGCUUUCACUGGAAAACAUCAAUGGAUUUUCUCAGACCAAUUUUCAUCUGGAAAUGAAAAUAUAUUCCAGGAUGAAUCUCAGUUACAAGACCAAUUUUCAUCUGGGAUCAAGACAAUUGUGGUAGUCUCUGUAGGAAGAUUGGGAGUGGUUCAGUUUGGAUCCACAAAGAAGAUUUUUGAGAGGUUGGAAUUUUUGGCUGAAACGGAGAAUUUGUUUCAUGACACGGGAAGUUGUCAUGGGCAUACGCCUUUCGAAUUCGAAACUUGCAAUCUUGAUGGAUUGUUUUCUUCCCUCACGUCAGGUGGAAAAUUCUACAGUGAGAAUGUGACAACCGAACAUGGCGGAUGCUCUACAGAGCCAACAGGAUGGUCACGUUCCUUGAAAAAUCUCACCGAAUCCUCCAGCUUUGAUCAUGGUAUUCGAAACAAGCAUAUGAACUUCGAUAAGGAUUCUCGUAUUAACUUCUUGGCUGCUAAUACCCCUUGCACUAGUCCUUUGGACGGUGAGGAUUCGAUUUUGACUUCAUAUGAGACGUCGUUUCUGUCUGAAAGGGGUGUAUGGGAUCCUUCAUUUUCACUUCCUAAAAAGGCAAAUGGUCUUGAACUUGGUGGAAAUACAGAACAAAGUUUACAGGGUGGUUCAGGAUUUACAUCAUUUUAUUGCACAGGAGAAUUGGUUGAUGCAGAAUCGCAUACUCUAGACAGCUUUGGCGAAACGGAACCGAAACAACAUUCUUUUGACCCCAGCGCUGGACUUCUGGAUAGUGUAAUUAGCCUACAGAGAAGCACAGAGGAUUUUAGCUUAGCUGACUUUUCGACAGAUCUCUCGAGCUCCUUUACAAUGGACGAGCUCUCCCAGUGGUUUUCUUCUUCACCCCACCAACACAUUCAUGAAGCAGGAGCUACAAUGACUAGUGAUCCUUCAUGUUCAGCAGGGGUUAUCUCUAUGCCAUCCAUUCAGAUAGGAGGUGAUGCAGUUAUAGACAUUCCGGUUAGACAAGCGGCUAAUUCAUCGCAAAGAUCCAUCACCGAUGCAUUCAUAUCUAAUAUAGAGAAAUCUUCAACUGUCCAUGGUAAUGGAAAACAUCUGUUUAGUGGCAUUGGAAUAGAUUUUAGAUUUCGAAAAGCCGGGGAGUCCUCGGAAGAUGUCAUUAUGCCUCUAUUGCAUGGUGAUAACUCGGUUGUUACUUCUGGAAUUUCAUCACCAAUAUCAGAAUUGGAUGUUCAUUCCAUGACCGGCAAGCGCAAAGGAUUAUUCUCCGAACUUGGGCUUCAAAAGCUUCUAGGUGGUGUUAGUAGUUCUUCUUAUGUUACCAAAUCUAGUGUCGAGGAUCAAUUUUCCACCAUUAAAAGAAGAAAAACUGGAAGUUGUUCGUCUAAUUUUCAUCAAGGUCAUCUUGAAGGCCUUUCUUGCUCUGGUGGGAACAUGAAUCUGGUGCAGCAUUCACAGACCUGGGACAAUAGUAAUAAUACUAUUUUCAACGAAGUUCACCAAAAAUCACAAGUAGGUUUAUGGAUUGAUGAUAGCUAUAGUGUAAAUGCUGGAAAUGCUGUUGCUGCAACUUCAAAGAAGCCCACCAGGAAAAGAGCUAAGCCUGGUGAAAGUACUCGACCGAGGCCCAAAGACCGUCAGCUGAUCCAAGAUCGUAUCAAAGAGCUGAGAGGGAUUAUCCCUCGUAGUGGAAAGCAGUUGAGCAUUGAUCAUUUAUUGGAGAGGACCAUCAAAUACCUGCUUUUCUUGCAAGGCGUGACGAAAUAUGCAGACAGGAUUAAACAAGCUGAUGAACCAAAGCUUAUUGGCCAGAAGAAUGGGAAGCUUCAAAAACACAAUACAACGAGUGGUGAUGCUACAUGGGCAUUUGAAGUUGGGGCUCAGAGUAUCCCUAUUGUAGUUAAGGACCUCAAUCAACCUGGCCAAAUUCUUAUAGAGAUGCUCUGUGAAGAUCGAGGAUUCUUUCUUGAGAUAGCCGAAGUCAUUCGGGGCUUUCCAUUGAACAUCUUGAAGGGAGUAAUGGAGCUACAAGAAGAUAAGAUAUGGGCACGAUUCGUUGUUGAGGCGGACAAGCACGUUGAAAGGCAAGGUAUAAUUUGGUCUCUUCUCCCGCUUCUACAGCAAAAGGAGAGCAGUGGGAUUGAUUCUUCUGCAACUCAGCGCAGUGGCGACAUGAACUGUUACCAGCAACCUUUGCUGCUGCCUACUGUCAGCCUUGCCGAGACACUUCAAUAAGUCAAACACACAUAUCAAGUACCUUGAGCAUUCAAAUAUGAAGGACCUGCUGCAAUUGGUGUUGUGGAAAUCGAAGAACCGAAACUGAAGAUAGAGGAGGUUCUUCAUUCCAGUUUCAACUGCCUUAGACACAGAAGUACAAGGUUGAAAGGCUAGGAAAUGUAAUCUCAAAAGGAGUGGCAAGUGAUUUGUUUGCUCCCUUAUACAGUUUCGGAAAAGGGAGGCGAAACUCCGCCGGUACAAGGAACCGAAACCUGAUAGAAACUCGUCUCAUCAUACAGCGUCGGCCGAUUUAGUCUGCAAUCUGCAUGUGAGGCUGGUAACUGAUGAACAUUGAACUGUAUUUCUUAGUUUUCCAUCCAUGCAUGCUGCUCCAGCAAUAAACUUGUUUAUAAUCCAAAGCAGAUGACAUAGUUGUUUGUAGGCUAACCGCUAAUUA